UACCAGUUCGUCUAAAAAAAACGAAGACAAUGUGGCGCUCAAUUCGCCAACUACCUUCGUUCUCCGUCCGUUCAACCCGCACCCAAUCGCUGCCUUACUCUUCCUUCCUCUCCCUCUCUCCCUUUCUCUCUAAAUCCCAACCCUCCGCUUUCUUCUUCGCUACCUCUAAAACCCUACGCUCAGUCGCCACUUCAUCACCCUCCACCACCAUCUUAUGGUCUUUCAGCGGCGUCAUCAACGCCAGCCGAAGUAUCACCUCCAGAUGCAUUUCAUCGUUCUCGACUCAGCAACCGGAAAUGGUGGUUGAUUGGAACGACGCGGUUUCUUGCCCGGAAGUCGGCGAUGAUGGAGCGGUGGAAGAAGGCGCUAAACGUUCUAUUCCAGUUCGAGCUUAUUUUUUUUCUACCUGUGUGGAUUUGAGAGGAUUGAUGGAGCAGAACAAGCAGAAUAUUAUACCGCCGACGUCACGAAUGACUAACUAUGUUGUUCUGAAGUUUGGUGAUCUUUCUUGUUCCCCUGGUCCUGGUGUUUUCAUAAGUGGAAGUAACUGCUGUUUCAUGGUGGUGUUCCAGUAUGGUUCCAUCGUGUUGUUUAAUGUGCGUGAAUGUGAUGUGGAUCAGUAUCUGAAAAUUGUUGAAAAACAUGCAUCGGGAUUGCUUCCUGAAAUGAGAAAGGAUGAGUAUGAAGUGAGAGAGAUGCCUGCUCUAAAUACAUGGAUGCAAGGUGGAUUGGAUUACAUCAUGUUGCAGUUCUUGGAUAUUGAUGGAAUCCGUACCAUUGGAAGUGUUCUUGGUCAAAGUAUUGCUCUCGACUAUUAUGUGCGCCAGGUUGAUGGGAUGGUUGCGGAAUUUACCGACAUAAAUCGUGGGAUGGAAAAAACAGGAACAUUUACCAUGGACAGCAAGAAACUUUUUCAGAUAGUGGGAAAGGCAAACUCUAAUCUUGCUGACGUGAUUCUUAAGCUCGGACUUUUUGAGAGAUCAGAUAUUGCCUGGAAAGAUGCCAAAUACGCCAUAAUCUGGGAAUUUGUAAGAGAUGAAUUUGAAUUAACUCAAAGAUUUGCAGGUCUUGAUUUCAAGUUGAAGUUCGUUGAGCACAACAUUCGGUUUCUUCAAGAAAUUCUUCAAAAUAGGAAAUCAGAUUUUCUGGAGUGGCUCAUCAUUGUGUUGAUAAGCGCCGAAAUCGUCAUCUCUCUUUAUGACCUCAUCAAGAGGUCGUUAUGACCCUUGGAUACAGGUUAGUAAUUUUCAUAUUGUCAAAACAAUUUCUCAUCAGAAGUGGCUUUUGCUGUAAAUUUACUUAAUAUCUCUAGUUAGCUUUUGCUGUAACGAUUAGAUUAACUACAUCACCAUUUUGAUUCUUGUAAAUGAUAUGGGUUCAUAGGAAUUUAGCUUU